CAGUCACGUCUCCGCCCUGAUCUGCCCCUCAGCGCCCAGCCUCUUCCCAGUAAAUUUAAUCGGUAAAAUGUUUUUUGGGGGGUGGCAGCGGAGGAGACUUCGACAGGGACAAGAAGACAAGACGAAGUGAAUGACAACUAGAGGAACAACUAAUCAACACCGCCCAGUUGGCGGACAUUUAUCACGGUGGGCACGCAUCACGGCUUUUAAAUGUAGAUGUUUGGGGAAUAACGAACUGCGCACCGACAUUUAUUCAGUGUAGGAGGACUCCUCUAGUUUGGUGGAGAUGGAAAGUGUGCAGGCUGUCGCUGAGGACGGAGCGGCGGAUGGAGGCGCGACCAAGUUCAUGAAGAAGCCCAGCGGACUGUCUGUCGCCCGGGGGACUCCCGCGGAUGAUGGCGGUGGCCGAUUGGCACCCUCCCGCGCAGCGACGACGAACGGGCAUCGCAUCACUCAUUCCGCCUCCAUGCCUGGAUCUAGUGCGUCAAACCGAGCCGCGGCGUCUAAUGGCCGGGGCUCGUCCGGCAACUCCAGCUCCCUCCUGUUGAGACGGCGGCGCUUGAAGAGGAACCUCUCCGCCACAGCUGCAGCCAGCACGGCCACCUCGGCAGUCGCUGCCGCCUGCGGCGCCAAGAUGAGCUCGGCCCUGUCCUCUGCGUCCCUGCACACUCGGAGUCUGGAUCGCAAGACUCUGCUGAAGCACCGGCAGAACAUGCAGCUGCAGUCCGCGGAUCGCGAGUGGGUGAGAGCCGACCUCCACCGGGGCUGCGUGCAUGUCCACGACAGACUGACGCCGUCAUAUCCCAGGCCGGUCCUUUGCACUAUGGACACCACAGCCGGCGAGGUGGCGCUCCGGCUGAGUAAACUCAGCAGCAAGUCCAGCUCCGUGAUGCGCAUUUUCUGUAAAGAUAGUUCCAAGACUGACCAAAAUGGCAACUGCAACGUGAAGUAUGAAUAUGACGAUGAUCAAGUGAAAGAAGACUUGAGCAUCCAACGCAGCCACCUGACCUCCUUGGAAUCAGCAGCAUUAAGAGGUCAUCCCCGUGACAGGUUGAGGCUCCUGCUCAUGGAGAAUGCAGACGGCAUGCAAAAGCAACAGGAAGUUGAUGAGAAACUUUUCUCCCCAGAAUCCGAGUCACAGGACAACAUCACCUGCUCUCUGUCAGACUUAACCUCUAACAUGGACACCCCUAUAGAUGACGACUCUGAGCAUAGGAAUGGCCUGGACAGCUAUGGAUUAAACUCUGGCUCUGAUGUGGAGAGCAGUGCAUUUGAUGACCUGAGCUCUGGGGCCCGGCUCAGCGAGCACAGAGACUCUCUGAGUGAUGACAUGAUUCUGGGGACAGAAGCGUCCAUCCUCAGUCCCUCCUUCGAUAGUGCCACAGAAGGUCAUGACAUGUACGGAAGCUCCUCGGAUGAGUUGGAGCUAGAUUGCUCCAUGUCUGGCACAGCUGUGGACCCCGUUUCCCAACACCACACUAACGGCAUCACUGCCGUCACUGCCAACUACAACAUGGGACAUUUAAACGACAUGACAAAAAAUGGGGGACCAGGUAGCAGACUCGACACUCACAGCCUGCCUUCCAGCAAUAGUGCCAGCUCCUUGUCAAGACUCUGUUCUCAAGAUAACUUACCUGAUGCCCAAAAUCCACACUCUGGUCAAGGUGAUGUAAAACCGGUUCUGCCAGAAAACCAAAAAAGAGAGUCUUUUGAUUCCAGCCCUACGCUGUAUGUUCAGCUGCACGGUGAAGCUGUGAGGCGUCUAAGCCCAGAUGAGAGGCCUCUGCAGAUCCAGAAUGACUUUCUCUUUAAGCUUGGAUUUAAGGACCCUUGGAGAGUUCAAGAAGAAGGGCUUAACACAGAAAUUGGCUCCUUGUUACGGUUUUAUGCAGGUAAACCCCAGUGUAUUGAAAACUCAGAGCGGGUACAGCUGUCUGGGGCCUACAAUGUUCGGAAAGGGAAACUCCAGUUGCCAGUCAACCGCUGGACCAAACGGCAGGUCAUCCUCUGCGGGACCUGCCUCAUUGUCUCCUCCAUCAAAGAGAGCCAGAUCGGGAAGAUGCACAUCCUCCCUCUCAUCGGUGGAAAAGUGGAGGAGGUGAAGAAGCACAAUCACUGUUUGGCCUUCAGCUCAGCAGGGCCUCAAAGUCAAACCUACUACGUCAGCUUUGACAGCUUCACAGAGCACCUGCGCUGGCACAGACACGCUGCCAAGAUGGUGUCACAGAGAAUCAACUCUGUUGAUCUGUCCUGCUGCAGUCUCGAACAUCUUCCUCCCAACCUCUUCUACAGCCACGACCUCACCCACCUCAACUUUAAACACAACUUCCUGCCUGCAGACCAGCACCUUCAGCAGCUGCAAAGGUUUUCUCGUCUUCGCAGCCUCAACCUGUCCAACAACCACCUCGGUCAGUUCCCACUGGCCAUCUGUGACAUCCCCACCCUGACGGAGGUCAACCUCAGCUGUAACUACCUGGCUUCAGUCCCCAGCUCUGUGGGAGCCAUGACCAAUUUGCAGACCUUCCUGUUGGAUGGCAACAGUCUGAGUGACCUGCCUGCUGAGCUGGGUUCCCUGCAGAGGCUGAGCUAUUUAGGCCUGUCCUUCAACCACUUCGACCACGUGCCACAGGUGCUUGAGCGGCUGCCCUCCAUGGAGAAGCUUUGCAUGGCCGGUAACCAUCUGGAGACACUCACCCUGCAGAAUUUCAGGCUGCUUCACGUCAAACACAUUGAUCUAAGGUUGAAUAAGAUCUCCGUCAUGGUGCCGGACGAGCCUGAGCUGCUGAGGCAUGUCACCCAGCUGGACGUGAGGGAUAACAGGCUGAUGGAAUUGGACGCCUCUGUCUUUCCCCGGCUGGAGAUUCUUCACUGCGAGAGGAACCGCAUCACCAGUCUCAAAGUCAAGGGUUGCUUGCUCAAAGGCAUCUACGCCUCCAACAACGAGGUAGGGCAGCUGGAUGUCAACCCUGUGCCCUCCAAUCUUACUUACAUGGAUAUCUCGAGGAACCGCAUGGAGUCGUUGCCAGACUGGCUGUGCGAAGCUAAGAAACUGGAAGUCCUGGACGUGAGCCACAAUCUCGUCACUGCGCUCCCGGCGAGGUUGUUCUGCAGCAACAGCCUGAGGAAGCUCAGUGCUGGACACAACCAGUUGCAGGAGCUGCCUGAAAGAGUGGAGCGCCCUCUGCUGGAGGUUUUAGACGUUCAGCAUAAUCAACUGGUGGAACUUCCCUGUAACCUGUUCCUCAAAUCCGACAGCCUGCGAUGUGUGAACGCGUCAGCCAAUAAACUGGAGCAUUUGCCGCCAUCCUGUCUGUCGGAGGAAAGCCACAGCAUCUUGCAGGAACUCUAUCUGACAAAUAACUGGCUGACAGACAAGUGUGUGCCCAUGCUUACAGGCCACACACACCUGCGAGUUUUGCACAUGGCCUACAACCACCUUCAGACCUUCCCAGCCAGUAAAAUGGCCAAGUUAGAGGAGUUGGAGGAGGUUGACCUGAGUGGAAACAUGCUGAAGACUGUUCCCACCACCAUCAUGAACUGUCGAAGAAUGCACACGCUCAUCGCCCACUCCAACGCCAUCGAGGUUUUUCCUGAGGUCAUGCAGCUGAUGGAGAUGAAAUGUGUGGAUUUGAGCUGCAACGAGCUGAGUGAGAUCACUCUGCCGGAGAAUCUGCCUCCGAAGCUUCAGGAGCUGGACCUCACGGGCAACCCACGUCUGAACCUGGACCACAAGACCCUCGAGCAGCUUAAUAAUAUCCGCUGUUUUCGUAUUGAUCCACCUCCAACCUUUUCAUCGAACGAGGCAUCUGGUGGGCCUGCUGUGUGGAGUCAUGGUUACACAGAGGCCUCGGGCGUGAAGAACAAGCUCUGCGUUGCAGCUCUCUCAGUGAGCAGUUUCUGUGGGAGUCGUGAAGCCCUGUACGGUGUGUUUGAUGGAGACAGGAACGUGGAAGUGCCCUACCUUCUGCAGUGCACAAUGAACGACGUGCUGGCUGAAGAGCUACACAAGACGAAAAGUGAAGAGGAUUACAUGACCAACACCUUCCUUGUCAUGCAAAGGAAACUUGGAACUGCGGGACAGAAACUCGGGGGAUCUGCAGCUCUGUGUCACAUUCGGCAUGACCCCACUGACCCCGGUGGCUGCUUCACACUCACAGCUGCUAAUGUGGGAAAGUGUCAAGCCAUCUUGUGUCGGGAUGGAAAGCCGAUGUCCCUGUCACUGAUUCACAACGUGGGGCUUGAGGAUGAAUACCGUCGGAUCAGGCAGUACAGAGCUAUCAUCACUGAGGACAACAAGGUGAAUGGGGUGACUGAUUCAACACGGAUUAUGGGCUACUCCUUCCUUUACCCCUCCGUCAUUCCGUGUCCCUACGUUCAGACUGUCACUCUGACCCCUCAAGAUGAGUUCUUCAUUCUGGGUAGCCGGGGCCUGUGGGAUGCUGUGUCUCCCACCGAAGCCGUGGAGGCCGUUCGGAACGUCCCCGACGGCCUGGCUGCUGCUAAGAAGCUUUGCACACUGGCACAGGGAUAUGGCUGCACCGACAGCCUGAGCGCCGUCGUUGUCCAGCUCAGUGUGAGCGAAGACUGCUGCUCCUGCUGCUGUUCCGAGCAUCCUCAGCCUCCCCCCAGCCCUGGUUUGGGCCCCUAUCCUCCAUCGUCCUCUGCCAUGAAGGAUCGACCCUCGGACGGCUCCCUUGUUGUCCCCCCUUCCUCCUGCAGUGAAAUCAGCAGUGAGAUCAGCACCAGCGAGAUGAGCAGCGAGGUGGGUUCGACAGCCUCAUCUGACGAGCCUCCACAGAGCUCCUUGGUGCUGCUGCAGGAGCAGCCGCAUCACGCCCACCUCCAUCUGCACCAGCAGGCUCAUUUGCUGUCCUUACAGCACCAGCAAGCCCAAACAACCACGCAGCCAUGCCAGUAUCUGCUUCCAGGUUCAGAACUGCCUUCUGCUCGCAGCUGCUGCGCUCUUCAUCCUGCCUGCCUGGCAGGCUCCUUUCAGAGGCAGCUGUCUAGCGCCACCUUCUCCAGCGCCUUGUCUGACAACGGGCUGGACAGCGAGGACGAGGAGCCCAUUGCUGGUGUGUUUUCCAACGGGAGUCGAGUAGAGGUGGAAGCAGACGUUCACUGCCUGAAAGCAGAGUUGUCUUUGCUGUCAUCAUCACAAACAUCUGCACCUUCAUCCUCCAGCCAGGAACGCGCCCUGCUUAUGCUUCCUCCUCCACCUCCACCGCCAAGCACUCCAGAGCCCCUAGAGGAAGACACAAACCAGGGGGACGCUGAGAACGGGCUUGAGCGGGAUGAGUCAUGGCAAGGUGUCGGCGACGGUGGCAAGUUGGCGAGCAAGAGGAGAGUUAAUGGUUCGGUAGCGCGCCAGGAAAAAAGUCACAACCUUAUUGAGGUGGCAGCUGACGCUCCCUCUAAGAAACCCGGAGGUUACUUCACCGCUCCCGCCCAGCCCGACCCAGACGACCAGUUCAUCAUCCCGCCCGAGCUGGAGGAGGAGGUGAAGGAGAUCAUGAAGCAGCAUCAGCAGAAACAGCAGAAAUCCACAGGGACGGAUCAACCCGCUGACUACUACGACACGCCCCUCUGAACAGCAGCACAGUCACCUACAGCCUCGUCUCAUCCUGCGAGCCCAUUUAUGCUCACAAACAAGUGGGCUUCCUUGGGAGGCUGUAAAAUGCACAUUAGUUUCAUCCAGCUUCCAUGCCCUGCACAGCCUAGUCUUUGAAGAAACAUGCACUACAGCACUGAGAGAGAGAGAAACAAGCAAACGAGCCCUUUAAUGAUAUUCAACCUUAAUGAAUUGACGCAGAUCCUCUGUGUCUUAUCCUUCACACAGACUGGAACUUUAUUUUUUACUGUAGACAACCAGCUGAGUAUGUAAUCAACACUAUUGUAUUUGCAAUAGCAUUAGCUUGCCACAAUACCUACGAUGGGUAACAACUCCACGUUUUCUUUUGUUUUGUAAGAACUUACCAUAUCUUGUAAUGUGAAAGCAGAGAAGUUUUUGGAAGAACCUUUUGAAAGCAGAGACGCGUUAUCUUUUUAUUAUCAGUGAGCGAUGGUGAAUGCUACGCCAUUAACACCACACUAAAC